GACAUUUCUAAAGAUGCCCCCUUCUCGAGUUAAAGCAAGACAACUACCCAAAACUAAAAAUAAACCGAAACUUCGGUUUCAGUUUCGGCUGAGAAACCAGUUUCGGUAGGACUCUACUUACUAGUAUUAUAAAGUGGCAGAAAUUAAAUUGCUUUAUAUAACCUAAGUUCAAAUUGCAACAAACUUGGACUAACUUGGUUCAUUUAUAAAGUAAACAUGGAUCUUCACACAGUUGACCCUAAAAACCUUUAUUUUCGCUAUGACUGCAAUAAACUCUGUGCAAUUUGCCUCAAGAAAAUCAACAAAACAACCACCUGUUCUAUAAGUGCAAUGAUCCCAUCAAAAAGACCUACUGAAGCAUACAAAGUACUAGAAUCUAUUUCAAAAUUUAAGUAUUAUAAAGAUGGCCCACAGUAUCUCUGCACUACUUGUUUCAACAAUGCUGCAUCAGCCUACACAUUCCAACAGAUUUGCAACAGAUCACAAAUGUACUAUGAAAAUUUCAUGGCUCACCAAAGGCUUCUAUCAGAACAGAUUAAAAAUACAGAGGAAACAGUAUCACAUUCAGAAACAACUCAAAUAGAGCAACAACAACAACAACAUACAGAGGAAACCAAGACAGAAGAACCAACAGUAGACAGGGGUUUGACACUACCCAGAAAAAUGACUGUUUGCAAAGUGUGCAAUAAACAAUACAGAGUUGAUAAUAUUAAGAAACACAUGCGCAUUCACACAGGUGAACGGCCUUACAAAUGCAAUUUAUGCGAACGGAGUUUCUCACAAUGGCACACAUUGAAGAGACACAUUGACUUGCACAAUAACAAACGCGAUUUUAUAUGCAACUUCUGUGGCAAGGCAUUUUUGACAAAAAUUGGUUUAGAUGUGCAUGAGAGGAUACACACCGGCGAACGACCAUAUGAAUGCAAAAUCUGUGGAAAGACUUUCAUAGGUUCUGGUGGUGUAGCUAAACACAUGGUGGUACAUACAGGUGAAAAAGCGUUCACAUGUGAAUACUUGAUAACGUCUUUAAAAUCGUUUUAG